CUGGCUUGCUUGCUGGCUGUUUGACUGAUAGAACCAUAAACCAACGAGAGGGAAAUCAUUCGUUAGUAGUCUGCCUGGUGUGUGGCCACGUUCAAGAGUAUACAACGGACGCGUUCUCAAUUAAAAAAGAAGCAACAACAACAAACAUACAACAACAAAAGAAGACAAAAAAUCAAACAAACAAAACAAAGUUCCCCAAAAAAAUAAAAUAAAAUGCAUAAUAAAAUUUAAUAAUAAAAAAUAAUUAUUUUAAAUGGAAAUAAAUAGCAAUACGUUCGGAAAAUAUCCAGAGCACAUGCAAAACAAAUGAAAAAUUAAGUACCUAAAAAAAAUUGUUUUGCAUUUUUUUCCGUGUCUGUGGAUGAGAGUGAGAUUUUAGAAGAAAUUCAUAAGCAAUGAUUUAAAUAAUCGCAUAAUGGCAACGCCAACGGAAAUAAAACUACAAGAGCAUCAAAUCCAACGACGACAACAAGAGCAACAACAACAACAGCAGCAACAAUUAAGAAAAAGAACUAAAAUUAAUUUAGACAACAAGUAGUGGAAGAAAACUAAAGAACUUAAAAUAAAUGUAUCACAAAGAAACAAAAAUAAAAUUAAAUAAGCAGCAACACAAUUUGAAAAUAGAAAAAAAACUAACAACAAGAACAACAACAAUUAACGAAAUAGGUAUUUAAAUUAGAAAAAUACAACGACUUCUGAGAGUGAAAAAAAUAGCAAAAAAAAAAGAAACAUAUUUUUGUGUUCUACAAGAAACAAAAAAAAAACCGACUCACACAACCCACACUCUAGCCCCAAUAUCAGCACGAGCUAUGUCGUUGAGCGGUGUGACCGCAACCUCGACCAUCAUUCUCCGCAGCAACAACAAAAAACAUUAGCAUCCCCGCCACAGCCACUACCAACCAACACACGACAGCAAAAUGAGGGAAUUUUCUCCAAUCAAUGGCAUUAGCCACUACAACAACAGCAGCAGCAAGAACAACAACCACAAUACAAUCAUGAAGAAGAACAACGCCACCUCAAAAAUAUAAUCAAAAGAACCAAAAAAAAAAAAAAUUGUUUGAAAUUUUUUUGAAAAAAAAAAAAAAAUAAUAAUAUUUUAAAAUAUAAAAAAAAAACAAAUAUGCGAAACAAAUAUAAUCGAAUAUAAGCAAACAAAUACAACAACAAAAAAUUAAAAAAUAAAAAACAAAUAUAUAGAAAUAGACAACAACAAAGCGCUAGAGAGACAACUCUUGGCACGGCCGUGGCAGUCAAAAUGAAAAGCAAAAAAAUCGCCGAGUUUUUCACUUUCGCUCCGGAACGUUUAUUGUCUUCAUCAUUUUUUGGAAAAUUAAGACUUUUAAUAAAAAAUUUCUGAAAUCGAGUCCUCAGUCGUCGGAUGGCAUAAAAAAGAUAAACGCGCGCGUGUGUUUUCCCAACCAAACGAAAGCUAACCAGAGCAAAAAACCAAAAACGUGUUGAAAGUGCUUACAAAGUAUUCAGAUUGACCUGCAAGUGAAUGGAAAAAAAUUGCAGGAAUUCACUGCGAAAGCAAAACAAAACAAGUGAAAGUGAAAAUGUGAAAAGUGCAAACAGUAAAGGAAAAUAACAAAAAGUGGAGAGAAAGAAACCCCAAAGAAAAAAUUUCAAAUUAUAAAGGGAGCGAAAGAAAAAAAAAAUAUAUAUAUAUAUUUAAGUUAUUUAUUUAAAAAAAACCCAAUCAAAAUUUUUCUAUCAAAAUCCAGCAACAACAAAAAAUAUUUGUAAUGUCUACAAAAUCCAAAAAUCCCAACACAUUUACACACCUAAACAGCAACAACAACAAAAACACCUUAACCUCUAACAUCACUUCCACAAAGACUACAAGCCAAGCAAUAGCAUUACAUGGGAACGAUACAACUAUAUGGGGCUACGGCACCCCACCCGCUGUAGCAGCAGAAACGGUGGUGGCCCCACGGCAAGAUCCAACGUUGGAGGUUGAUGAAGCUGCAACGGGAAAAAUAUUGAAACAAAAUGUUUUACAUCGAAUAAGGCAUCGGCAUCAUCAUCACCAUCAUCAUUGCAGGCCGUCAACGAAAACCAAAGAUUCAAUAGCAAACCAAAUACCUGCAGCAUACUCCGUAGCACCCGCCACACCCCCAUUAACCACAUCAUCGAUAGCAUCAUUGGCAUUUGAGAGACAGACUUUGUCGCCUAAUCUUCCAGCAUCCUCAUCAACAACUCCAAGCACUCCCAUCACCACCACCACUACCACCGCAACAAGAAGUACAACAAAAUGUCUAGCUGCCACAUUGGCUGCCACCGUUUGUUAUGCCGCCAGUAGCAUUAAUGCCGUUGCUGCCGCGGCAGCCCAUGCAUCACGGACGCCAUCACAUCACUCAGUACAAUCGCCACAACCACCUGCUCCUGCGCUCUCCACAUUUCUGUCCUACGAUGCCGAUGUACCGCAUUCCAUGUCAUUGCUAGACGGCUCCAUGGCCCAGCAGCUGGAAGAGGCUUCAACGUCGUCCAACACAACUGCCGCUCAAUAUCUACACAAUGCAGCGGCAUCCACUGCCACCUCAGCAUUGGCCGCUGCAGCGGCCGCUGUUAAUUCGACAUUUUUCGAUGAUGCAGGCGGCGGCGGCGGUGGCAAUGACACUGUGUCGGAUUCGAGCGGAGAUUGGCUGGACGAUUUGGCGCUGAUCAUGAAGGCUUCCGUAAUGUUGAUAAUCAUAAUUGCCGCCAUAUUUGGAAAUUUACUUGUUAUUAUUUCUGUGAUGCGUGUUAGAAAAUUAAGAAUUAUAACGAAUUAUUUUGUAGUCUCCUUAGCCAUGGCUGAUAUUAUGGUCGCCAUAAUGGCCAUGACAUUUAACUUUAGUGUACAAGUAACGGGACGCUGGCUUUUCAGUCCAUUCCUAUGCGAUUUGUGGAAUAGUUUGGAUGUCUAUUUUUCAACAGCAAGCAUAUUGCAUUUAUGCUGUAUUUCAGUCGAUAGAUAUUAUGCCAUUGUAAAGCCUUUAAAAUAUCCCAUCAGCAUGACAAAACGUGUCGUUGGCAUUAUGAUACUCAAUACAUGGAUUUCGCCAGCUCUGCUCUCCUUCCUGCCCAUAUUCAUUGGCUGGUAUACCACCGAUCAUCACAAGAACUACGUGAAAAUGCAUCCCGAUGUCUGCUCCUUUAUUGUGAAUAAACCCUACUGUGUCAUCUCCAGUUCGAUAUCGUUUUGGAUACCCUGUACGAUAAUGAUAUUCACCUACCUGGCCAUAUUCCGUGAGGCGAAUCGUCAGGAGAAACAGAUGAUGAUGCGUCACGGCAAUGCUAUGUUGAUGCAUCGUCAUUCGACGGUGGCGGGAACCGGAAGUGAAGCUCUAAGCGGUUCUGGUUCCUCGAAACAAUUGACAAUGCACGAGGUCGAACAGGAUCAUACACCGACUAAAGAUAAACAUUUAAUUAAAAUGAAACGAGAACACAAGGCUGCAAGAACACUAGGUAUAAUCAUGGGUACAUUCAUACUCUGUUGGCUGCCAUUCUUUUUGUGGUACACAAUUACCACACUCUGUGAUGCAUGUGAUGUACCCGAAAUUGUGGUGGCCAUUCUCUUCUGGAUUGGCUAUUUCAAUUCCACCCUGAAUCCACUUAUUUACGCUUACUUCAAUCGUGACUUUCGAGAGGCAUUUCGAAAUACCUUGCAGUGUUUGUUCUGCAAUUGGUGGCGCGAUCGUCACAUGGCGCUCGAUAUGGAUAUGCGACGGGGCAGUAUGCGCUAUGACAAUCGGGCGAAAAGUGUCUACUCGGAGAGCUAUUUGAAUGCUAGCCACGCCCAGAGGCGUACCAGUCAACUAGUCGAAAGUUUAUAAUGCAGGGAUGGGGCGCUGUUGGCGCCUACACCCACACCCACAUCAGCAUCAAUGCAAAAUCUACACUUGUUGGGCACGGGAGGAGGAGGUGGAGGAGGGGGAGGUGGCUCAUCGUCAUUGUCCUUGUCGACAAACCAAACCGCAAACCUGUUGUGUACACCAUCACGUACAUUGGAUACAUGGAAGAGUUUCGGUGCCACCGGUGGUGGUGGUGGCGUUGGAGGUGUCGGUGAAAUUAGUGUUAAGGAUAAAUCCAGCAGUUUUCUCAAAGCGAACGAUGGUGUCAGCAGUGUGGGCGGCACCAGAGCCGGUGGCCGUUAUCUGGAAAGUGGUGCCACAGCAGGUGCUGUGGACGAUGACGACGAUGAUGGCGAUGAAAAUAUUCAGGAAAUCCAAAUUGAAAUACCCUUAGCAUAUGUCAACAAAUGGCAUAAAAACAAUAACAAAACCACUACCAAUACCAAUGCCAGUACAGUACAAGCAACAGUAACAACAACAGCAACAACCGCAUCACCAACUUCCACAGCCAUACACAGCACCAACACCACCACCACUCACACAAUGGUCUGAAUGAAAGUCAACAAUGACAGAAGCUGCAUGUAAGCGUAGAAUAAUACCGAAGCAUUCAAAUAAACUUGUUUCCUGAAAUACGCAUCCCACACCUACAUACACACACACCAUCCAUGCAACCAAAGACCCAGCCUCCCUUCACCUACCCCCAUCCCCCACACCAAUAUAAUACAUGAAAAUAUGCAGUUGCAAUGCAUCAGCAAACUAACAAAUACCAAAGGAUCAUCCGAAAGGAUAACAGCAAUUUCAACAAAAGGCAAGGGAAACGAACCUUCAUCAGCAGCAGCAGCAGAAACAGUAACAAAGUGAUGCAUAAACAAUCAACGUGUACCGGAAACCAAAGUAAACUACAGCAAUAGCAACUCAAACUGCAACUGAAACAUCCAUCGCCUGGAUAUCCUUGCGAGACGAAUGAUUGAAUCGAAUUGUGAAACUCAUCUUAGUGAAAUAUGUGGUUGUAGACUUUCCUAUUUUUUAGAAUUUGUUUUGUUUAGCUUUAUUUAUUGUUUAUUGUUUUUUAUUAUUUAUUUAUUUUCUAUUAUUCUUCAUCUUCUUCAAUUCGUCCAUAUGACGUUUGUACUUUGAUAUACACACACAUACAAAUAUAUUGUUAGUGCUACAAACAUACGUACAUACAUAUAAAGAUAUCAUAGAUCAAAAAAAAAGAAAUCUUUUUGUUUUCCUUUUUCUCUUUCUUUUUCGAUUUUUCCUAUUCUUCACACACCUUUUCUACCUAGCAGAUAAGAAUCGAUUGUAAAUAUCUACGCUUAGGGACAAUGGAAAACAGUUUUCAUGGUUGAAGUGAGUGAGCAUAUGUUUUGAUAACACUUGUUUUUGUAGAUUCGAAAGAAGUUUUGUGCAAG